CUUCAACUCCCAACUAUAAAUUCCAAUUUCCAACUGUCUCUCUUUCUCUCUCCAUCAACAGGUCAGAAAAUGUGAAAUAAAAUCACAGAAACUAGAACUCGAUCAUCGUAAAAAAAAAAAAAAAAAAAUGUCACACAAAGCCCUAGAUUCCCGGCACACCAUAGACUCUUGUACACUUCGUCUUCACACAUGGAGACCUUUCCGUACUACUACUUCAACAACUUCUACUACUACUACACCACCCAAAACCCUAGACCCCUCCGACUCAAACCCCUACUCCUAUUCUUACAAUGGGGCUCACACUCACACCAAGCGUCCCUGCCUCGCCGACCGUGCCACCACCACAACCAGAACGCCGUCGUUUCCAAUCGACGCUGCUAUCGACAUGUCAAAGCUCAGCUUAAUCGACGACGACAACGCCAACAAGAAGAACCGGAUCUACAACUGCGGGAGCUUUAGCUUGAUCGCAAGAAAACGACGCCGUCGCGGGUCCAGAUCGGUCUCGGGUCGGAGCAGUGACCGGAGCGGGACGCGUCGCUGCUGCUCUGUCGGGGCGUCGGCGGCGUAUGGCACGUGCUCGGAUCUUCCCGUGACGGACUCGAGCGGAGAGCUGUUUGUGAAUGGGGAUUCCAAUUGGGGUUCGGAUGUGAGCGAAGCGAGGAACUCGAGGAAAGAGAGAGAUGGAGGAGGAGGAGGAGGAAGUGGUGUUAGUGGGAAUGGAGAUAAAGAGAAUUUGGGACUUGGGUUUGGGCUAAUUGGGGGGUUUGAUUGUCAGGGAAACGAAUCCGGAUACGGUAGUGAACCCGGGUAUCGCGGCGACGCGGAGUUCGGGUAUGGAGAUGAGUUUGAUGAGGAGGAGGAUGAUCCAAGAUUGUUGUUUUGGGGUGACCGAUUUGGAGGAGAGCCAGAUUCUAAAAUGGAGGUGGCUGGAGAGAACUCAUUCUCAGAUCAAAAAACCCAUUACAGAUGCCGGCGUAAGAAACAUGAUUGCAGAAUGGUUUAUUCACUGAGGUAAAAGACUCUGUCCAGGAAAAAUGACGAAUUCCUUUGUUUCAUCCAUUCGGCUUCCCAUCGAUGAGGUUGUUGGCUCCCAGAGUGCAACUAGUUCUUCACAAAACAUUAUAAUGAUUUCAGCUGUUGGUCGGUUACGCAUUCCCCCAUUUUGUGAGAUCAUCUAUGCCAGCAUACUGUCAUGCGGCACUCUAUUGGCUUGUGCUUGAAGGGAUUCAAAUAUGUGGAUGUGCAUUACAUUUUAGCGCAUUAUCACAUUAUCAUAAGAUAAUGUUGUAAUAUUUACAGGUGAUUAACUCAUCUACUUUUGUUAUCAUAAGAUAAUUGUGCAUUAUGUGCUAGAACUCCGGAACUCUUUCUCUACGUUGGUUGUGAUGAUUGAGUUCUUGUGAAGGUUGUCAACAAACUGUGGGCUUUGCUGGGUUUACUAUUUUUAAAUAGGACGAAACUAUUUUUAAUUUUUCUAUAAA